AUGUGGUUUUUAUUAGUUACUUCAUUGUUCCACAUUUGCCUUGCAUCAGACUAUCAAUUCAAACGAGCAAAAAUAUUAUAUGACGAGUCAAUCCAAAUGAUAGGAGGAAAAAUAACUCUUACCGAUAAGGAAUCAGCCGUAAACAACUGCUUAAUGCGACACAAGUUCGACGAGGUCGACUAUGGGUUAGAUAACCCCCAAUAUUAUAAUUUUUCACGACAUUUCUUCUCAUACAAAGACAAAAUACGGAAUUCAAAAGUCUAUAGAAUAAUACGGGACAUGCCCAAAGGAGCCGCAUUACACAUUCACGACAUGGGAAUACUAGACCCAGAUUAUGUCCUAAAUAUCACUUAUAUGGAUAACCUUUUUGUUUGUUUUGGAGAGUCCGAUGUGAAUUUAAAAUUCGCCGACAAACCGCCGAACACCGACUGCAACUGGCAAUUGAUGAAAGAAGCGAGGGAAUCCUCAGGAAAUAUCACAAUGUUUGAUGAGAAUUUAUCGAAAUAUUUCACAAUAUGUGUACACGACCCCGAUGUAAUUUAUCCGAGCAUCAAAGAGGUGUGGGACGCAUUCACUGGGUAUUUCAAAAGGGUCGCCUCAAUGAUGUCCUACAGACCUGUGUGGGAGCAAUACUUUUACGACGUAUUAAAGAAGUUUAGGAACGAUAACAUAAUGUACGUGGAAGUGCGAAGCGUCCUUUUGAAUUUGUAUGAAUUAGACGGUACAGUCUAUGACCCGUUAAUAACAGCGAAAACUUAUCAAAAAUCAUAUAAACGUUUUAUGAAGGACUACCCCGAUUUUAUUGGUGCCAAACUUAUUUAUGCGCCUCCGAGGAAUAUAGACAUUUAUAAAUUAGAUGAGUAUUUAAAGUUAGCAUACAAAAUCAAGGCAAAUAUGCCUGAAUUCUUUGCUGGUUUCGACUUAGUAGGCCAAGAAGCGACAGGAAGCCCGUUAGUUGAAUUUAUUCCACAGUUAGAGUCGGCCGAAAACGAUUUAAAUUAUUUUUUCCACGCGGGUGAAACAAAUUGGUAUGGUACAUUAGUAGAUCAGAAUUUGGUUGAUGCCGUGUUGCUUGGAGCAAAGAGAAUUGGACACGCAUACGCCUUAACGAAGCAUCCGGCAGUGAUGAAGCUGGUGAUGGAAAAUGAUAUUGGUAUAGAAGUGAAUGUGAUAUCAAAUGCAGUGUUAGGGCUUGUUCGGGAUGUGAGAAAUCAUCCUUUGAGUACGUUUAUAGCACAAGGACUUCCAGUAGUGUUGUCUAGUGAUGACCCAGGAGUCUGGGAAGCGGAUCCAUUGUCUGACGACUUCUACGUGACAUUCGUUGGCGUGGCUAGCCGUCUAGCAGAUCUAAGGCUACUAAAACAGCUUGCUUUAAACUCUUUAAAAUAUAGCGUCUUAGAUGUUGAUGCCAAAAAGAUCGCUAUAAAAAAGUUUAACCGCCGUUGGAAUGAAUUUAUUAAUAAUUUUAACUGUACUAAAUAUUGA